GUUUCCGGUUCCGGGUGAUGAUCCCCACGCUGCUCCCGGUCGCUAUGCUGAGGCUCCGUGUUCUCUCCCGGCUUGUGGCCGCCUCCUCCCGCCUGGGCCCUCAGGUCACCGCGCCCCCGCCGCUCGCCUCCGUCCUGCGGCCCGGGCCUCCGGGGAUCCGCGGCCUCACCCGCUCCAUGUGGCUGCUCUGUAGCUCGGCCUCGGGCCGCAGGCCGCUCGGCUCCAGCCACCACCUCACCGGCGUGUCCUGCGGCUGCGGGGCCCUACACACGGAGGGUGACAAAGCAUUCGCUGAAUUCCUCACUGACGAAAUCAAGGAGGAGAGGAAAAUCCAGAAGACUUCGACCCUGCCGAAGGUGUCAGGAGGCUGGGAAAUUGGGCUCAAUGGGACUGAGGCCAAACUUGUACGGAAAGUUGACGGUGAAAAGGUUACAGUUAGCUUUAAUAUCAAUAACAGCAUUCCACCAACAAUGGAGGAAGAACCACAGGAAGAACAGAAGGGUUCUGAGAAUGAGCCUGAAAUCAUCUCAACCCCAAACUUUGUUGUGGAAGUGACCAAGCUGUCAAAUAACCAGAGUCUAGUUUUUGAUUGCCACUAUCCUGAAGAUGAGAUUGGGCGUGGCGAGGAGGAUGACAGCGACAUCUUUGCCAUCAGAGAGGUCAGCUUUCAGCCCACGGGAGAAGAUGAUUGGAAAGACACCAGCUAUACCCUUAAUACAGACUCCCUGGACUGGGCCCUCUAUGAUCAUCUGAUGGACUUUCUGGCAGACCGUGGGGUUGAUAACACUUUUGCUGAUGAACUGGUUGAGCUGAGCACAGCUUUGGAACACCAGGAGUAUAUCAAGUUCCUUGAAAAUUUGAAGAGUUUUGUAAAGUGUUAAUCAUUGAUGUAUCCAAUUAACAUUGUCUCUCCACCUCCUGGCAAAGAUCGUCCUGCGAUGAUAAUGCUUGUUAAAUGGCAGAAUGAUCCUGGACUUUAAAUUAUUUCACAAUAGAUUUUGUACAAAGAUAUUCUCUGGUACUGAAUGGCUCUGUGUAAUUAGCAUCCCAUCUCUAUAUUAUGUACAAAGUAGUCUGGGAUGCUAAAUGGCUAAAACGGUGCCUCUGAAUUGUAUUCUAAUUAUGGAAGUGUGUGUGUGAGCACAUGAACCAAAUUAUUUUCUCCUCACAAUGUCAUUGGCCUCAGAUGUUUCUUUAAAAAAUGAAGUAUUGAUUAAACAUGAUGUUAAACCUUG